UACCCUCACCCUUGCAUCAGCCUGAAAAUCAGAUACAUUAUUUUAUGCUGAGCUGCCGGCCAUUCUAUAUUAUAUUCCCCUCCAAGUUUUUGUUCAAGAAGACUAACAAUGUUAUCCUCGUGGAGUUUAGGACUUGGAGCACUGGUACUUCUACUGUACUGGAUUUAUAAGAAGCUAUGGCUACCAUUUCAGGUCUUCAAACGUCUCGGAAUCAAAGGACCGAAACCAGAGCCGAUCCUUGGAAACGCUAGACUCCGACAGAAGAUUGGCCUGAUCAAGUUCAUCAGUUUGCUCUAUAAAGAUUAUGGACCCAUCUCUGGGUUCUAUUUCGGGAUUGAUCCUCAACUUGUGAUCUUUGACCUGGACAUUUUGAAGCAAGUGCUAGUGAAGGAGUUCGACUCCUUUAUGGACAGACCAAUAUUCCCUGACUUUAUACGUCGUAAGCCCAACUCACCUCAUGGACUACUCCAGGAGCGUGGAGAAGCUUGGAAGGCUGCCAGACGAACUCUCACUCCCACCUUCUCAGCUGCCAAGAUGAAGAUGAUGGUUCCCCUGAUUGAGAACAGUGCUCAGGGUCUACUGAAGAGGAUGGAGGAGAUUGCCGAGUCUGGACAGAGUGCAGAUAUCUUCAAAGUUUUUGGCUCAUUCACCAUGGAGACCAUUAUAGCGACAGCAUUCGGACGAGUGAUGGACAUUCAGGGCGGGGAGAAUGAUGAGCUGACUAAUGCUGCCGACCUCAUAUUCAGAGGAGCUGCAGAAGGAAACAAAACCUCUGUGGCAUAUGUACUACCUCUCACCAAUAACUUCCCCUGGUUGGUGCCUGUUUUGCGCUUCCUUAUGUCCCGAUCGCAGAGGGUACGGGCAGUAGAAACACUGAAAGAUACAGCCCUUAGUUUAAUAAAUGAACGCAGAAAAAGUGGCCCCCAAGGAAAUUACAAGGACAUGCUUCAGCUGAUGAUAGACGCUACUGUGGAUGAGGAAGGGGAGCAGUCUUGUCCAGUCGGUGGUAAGAAACUGACCAACGAGCAGAUUACCGCUCAUUCGAUAACGUUUUUCCUGGCUGGCUAUGAGACCACUGCCAACACCCUCUCCUACACGGCCUACUUGCUGGCACUCCACCCUGAAGUGCAGGAGAAGCUCCAGAGGGACAUAGACAGUUACAUGGAGGACAACCCCGAUGCUGGUCUGUACGAGGCCAGUCAGGAGAUCACCUAUCUGGAUCUGGUGGUGCAAGAAUCACUCAGACUGUACCCUCCUGCACCAAUGACUCUACGCCUGUGUAACAAGACCAUUACCAUCAAUGACCUGACUAUCCCAAAAGGAGUGUCCGUGACCGUUCCUAUUGCACACCUGCACAAGGACCCACAGUAUUGGGAGGAACCUGACAAGUUCAUCCCUGAAAGGUUCACCUCUGAGGAGAAGGCCAAGCGCCCACAGCUGUGUUACAUGCCAUUCGGACAUGGCCCUAGAAACUGCAUUGGUAUGAGGUUUGCUAUGCUUGAAGCUAAACUGGCUCUGAUUGAAGUGCUGAGGAAGUUCUCUUUUGUGAGGGCCCCCGACACAGAGGUUCCCCUGGAGACUGUGGUAGGGAUCACCAUGGCUCCCAAGAAUGGAGUCUUCAUUAAAGUUAUACCUAGAGAGUGAACUGAAUAUAUAGUUGUAUUGUAUCUCUGAAUUAGCCAGAAUGUAGCAAAAACACUUUUAUUAUCGUUCUUAAAUAUUUUUAUCGAAAUUUUUGGGUCAUAAUUAUCAUCAGAAGGC